AUAAUGGAACUAGAAACAAAGGCUUAUAUAUAGAUUUUGAAGCUAAAAGGUGCACCCACUUUUCAUGCAUGAUCAUCAUCACCUUUGUGCAACAUGAACAUUGAUCUGUCCCAUACCAGUUUGUCUUUCUGAACCCAUUAUCCCAUUUUAUUCUUUCACCAACAUUUUAUCACCUUUCUUUCUUUCUGGGUUUCAUGUAUGAUCUUUCCUUAUUAAUCUUUUAGAAUGGGUAAAAUGCAAAAUGCAAUCAUUUUGUUCAUCCUCCUCAUUUCUUUUCUAGAAGCUUCACUUGGAGCUCUUUCAAAUGAUUCAUUCUGGCUACUCAAAAUUAAAUCACAAUUCACUGAUCCAAUGGGGGUGUUAAGCAACUGGUCUCCCGGAUCGAAUGUAUGCACGUGGAACGGCUUGGAAUGUUCGAAAGAUCAAACGCGUGUCGUGGGUAUAAAUCUUUCUAACUCGGGUCUCUCGGGAUCUAUCUCUCCUGAUAUCUCACACCUUGUUUCACUUCAAAAAAUCGAUCUUUCCAUGAAUUUUCUAACCGGUAUGAUUCCUACCGAGCUUGGGAAUCUUCAAGAUCUUCAAGAACUCCUUUUGUUUUCAAAUUAUCUCACGGGUUUCAUUCCCGUUGAGUUUCGUUUGUUAAAAAAGCUGCAAGUUCUUCGAAUUGGAGAUAAUUUGUUAACCGGAGAACUUAUCGAAACUAUUGGAGAGUUAACCGAGUUAAGAGUAUUAGCACUUGCUUACUGCCAAUUUAACGGAACAAUUCCAUCCGAAAUCGGCAAAUUAAAGCGUUUACAGUCUCUCCACUUACAAGCCAACAGUUUUUCCGGAAUCAUUCCACAAGAAAUAGCCAGCUGUGAAGAACUCGAAGAUUUCGCAGCAUCAAACAACAAUCUGGAAGGUGAAAUACCUUCUUCACUUGGAGAACUUCGGUUUCUAGAGAUCUUGAAUUUAGCGAAUAAUACGCUAUCAGGAACGAUUCCAUCCGAGUUAUCUCGGCUUUCAAGGUUGAGAUACUUGAACCUUUUUGGCAAUCGGUUAACCGGUGAACUCCCGAUAGGCGUAAUCCAACUGCCUAAACUCCAGAAUCUUGAUCUUUCAAGAAACAAUCUUUCGGGAAACAUAACUCGUUUCGAUUUCAAUGGAAACAAUGAUCUAGAAGCUUUAGCUCUGUCGGGUAAUUCGUUCACCGGCAGCUUCCCGGAGAAACUUUGUACCCGAAACUCGAAGUUACGUAACGUUCUCCUCUCGGUAAACCGUCUUUCCGGGGACUUCCCUUUGGCAUUGCUAAACUGUUCUUCACUCGAAGUGUUAGACAUUUCUGACAACGAAUUCGAGAACAAUAUACCAUCUGAGAUCGAAAACCUGAAGAACCUCACUGAUCUUUUGCUGAACAAUAACAGUUUUUCAGGUGGUUUGCCUCCUGAAAUCGGAAACUUGAGUAAUCUGGUGAGUCUUUAUCUGUUUGGCAACAUGAUCACAGGUGAAAUCCCAGCCGAAAUCGGAAAGUUACAGAAGCUGAGCGUGCUGUAUCUGUACGAGAAUCAGAUGUCCGGAAACAUUCCAACCGAGUUAACAAACUGCUCAAGCUUAAGCGAGAUUGAUUUUUUCGGGAAUCAUAUUACAGGAGUGAUUCCUGAAACAAUUGGGAAGCUCAAGAAUCUUGUUUUUCUUCAGCUGAGGCAAAAUGAUCUGUCGGGUCCAGUUCCGUUAAGCUUAGGGUACUGCAAGAAGCUUCAAACGUUAUCGUUAGGUGAUAAUAACCUUUCGGGAUCGCUCUCAAAGACGUUUGGAUAUCUUUCCGAGCUUACGCUUCUUAGUCUUUACAACAAUUCGUUCGAAGGCCCGCUUCCAGAAUCCUUAUUUCUGCUUAAAAACCUCACAAUCAUAAACAUUUCUAACAACAGAUUCUACGGUUCAAUCUAUCCUCUUUUGGGGUCGAACUUGCUGUCGUUGUUAGACGUAACUAACAACAGCUUUUCGGGUCCUAUCCCUUCUGAACUAGCCUUGUCAAAGAACCUCACACGUAUACGCCUAGCUCAUAACCAUCUAAACGGCACCAUUCCUUCGCAAUUCGGUCAACUCACUAACCUCAACUUUCUUGAUCUUUCAUCCAACAACUUCACAGGAGAGCUGCCACUAGAGCUAUCAAACUGCAACAAAAUCAGCCAUUUUCUAGUCAGCAACAACCAGAUAUCCAGCACAGUUCCACAAUGGCUAGGAACGUUGAAAGAACUCGGAGAGUUGGAUCUUUCAAACAACGUUUUCAACGGAUCGCUGCCUAAACAGGUAGGAGACUGUUCAAGAUUACUCAAACUUUCGGUUAAUCAAAACAAACUCUCGGGUGGCAUACCCGAAGAGAUCGGGAAUCUAACGAGCCUCAAUGUGUUAAAACUUCAAAGAAACAAUCUCUCUGGGGCAAUUCCUCGAACACUUGGCGGGUGUAAGAAACUAUUCGAAUUACGCCUGUCCGAAAACUCAUUAACCGGGUUGAUCCCAUCCGAACUCGGCACUCUAACUGAACUCCAAGUGAUUCUGGACCUAAGCAAGAACUCUCUCACGGGUGAAAUCCCAGUAUCCCUAUCAAAUCUGGUGAAAUUAGAAAGAUUAAACUUAUCAUCCAACGAACUUAAGGGUGAAGUUCCAGAGGCACUGGGGAGAUUAACAAGUCUCCACGCUCUGAACCUCUCAAACAACCACCUUGAGGGAGAAAUCCCAACAACCUUUUCAAGAUUCCCACCAAAUUCAUUCAUGCACAACGACAACCUGUGUGGCCCACCACUAACAUCAUGUCGGGAAUCAACCCGACAAGAAAAGAAGCAGCUGUCGAACACAGCGGCUGCUGGGAUAGUGGUGGCGAUAGUGUUCUCGGCGACGGUUAUAUGUUUGUAUCUGAUAUAUUUGAUGCUUAGGAUAUGGUGUAAAUGGAAGCAAGCUUCGAUUUCGAGUGAUGAUAAUGGGGGUGGUGAAAAGGCGGGAAAAGAGGAGAAAUGGGGUGAUGAUCAUCAUCGGGUGAUUAGGAGUGAUGAGUAUUGGGAUUUGAAUAAGAUGACGAUGUUGCCGUGUGAACGUUCUGGAAAAGAUGUUUCUUCCAUGACGACUUGUAUUUUUCCUCAUAGUAUGAGUCGAGAGAACUCCAUGAGAUCAUUGGUUUAGUUUUUUUUUUUUUUUUUUGGUUGUAAGAUAGUUUGAAAGUUUGUUUGGGUUUGGGAUUCAAUUGUUUGUCAUUGUUUACGUGCGUAAUUUGUAAAGUUAUGUUAGUCAUUCUUUUGAGUGUUAAAAA